UAGGCUGAUUUUGCUUUAUCACUAUAUAUUGUCAUAUGGAUUGUAUCUGGAUCAUGUCAUAUGUCCCAACAAUCUUUGUAUGUCUUUGUUUUCUUUUAAAUAUAUUUAUCCUUUGCCAAUAAAAAAAGAAAAGAAAAAAAGACUUCGUACCAUAUUGCACUAGCAAAAGCACACAUAGUAAAUAAGUGAGUAUCUUAUUCCGACAUUCCCCUACACCAUAUGCAAUCUAACUCCUUAACAUCACGAAUAACUCUACUCUUGAAAAGGUUCACCUAUGUUGGAAGGCGAUUCAAAACCUUAAUGUGUGAUAGAGAGUUGUUAAAAUUGGCUUCUUUUUUAUUAUAUUUUAACAGACUUCACACAAGUCACACGGAGGAGAAAAGGUAACGAAGUUCACACUUGCAAUUUAUAUAUAUACUGAGGCCAACAAUAACAUACACCUACUCAUCCAUAUUCUAUAUUCUCAAACAAUCCUCUAUCUUCCAUUAAUUUCUUCUCAAUCUCAUGGCUAUGCAAUCACCUUCCUCUUCCUCUUCAAUCUCAUAUGGAUUCACUUACCAGGUCUUCCUCAACUUUAGAGGCGGUGACACUCGUGACGGUUUUAUUGGCCAUCUCUACAAGACUCUUACUGACAAGGGAAUCCACACCUUCAUUGAUGAUCGUGAACUUCAAAGAGGGGAUGAAAUCAAAUCAUCACUCGACAAUGUCAUUGAAGAGUCUAGAAUUUUUAUUCCUGUGUUUUCUAUCAACUAUGCCUCUUCUUCAUUUUGUUUGGACGAACUUGUCCACAUCAUUCACUGCUACAAGACAAAGGGUCGUCUCAUUUUGCCUGUCUUCUAUGGCGUGGAUCCUACUCACAUACGACAUCAAAGUGGGAGUUAUGGUGAACAUCUCACUAAGUACGAAGAGAGUUUCCAAAAUAGCAAGAAAAACAUGGAACGGUUGCAUCAAUGGAAGUUGGCUCUGACCCAAGCUUCUAACUUGUCUGGCUACCAUUCUAGUCAUGGAUAUGAAUACAAGUUUAUCGGAGAGAUAGUCAAAUACAUCUCCAACAAGAUCAGCCGCGUGCCCUUACAUGUUGCCAAAUACCCUGUUGGAUUACAGUCUCAAGUACAACAAGUCAAAUCGCUUCUUGAUAAUGGAUCUGAUGAUGGGAUCCAUAUGGUUGGAAUUUAUGGGAUUGGUGGCUUGGGUAAAUCAACCCUUGCAAGAGCAAUCUAUAAUUUUUUUGCUGAUCAAUUUGAAGAUUUAUGUUUUCUUCAUGAUGUGAGAGAGAAUUCAGCUAAAAAUAACUUGAAACAUCUCCAAGAGAAACUCCUUUUAAAAACAACUGGAUUGGAAAUUAAGUUAGAUCAUGUUAGUGAGGGGAUUCCAAUUAUAAAGGAGAGGCUAAGUAGAAAGAAAAUUCUUUUGAUUCUCGAUGAUGUUGAUAAUUUGAAGCAACUACAUGCUUUGGCUGGAGGACAUGAUUGGUUCGGCCGUGGAAGCAAAGUCAUCAUUACUACUCGAGACAAACACUUGCUAACUUGUCAUGGGAUAAAAAGUAUGCAUGAAGUAGAAGGGCUGUAUGGGACAAAAGCUCUUGAAUUGUUGAGGUGGAUGGCUUUUAAGAAUAACAAAGUACCUUCAAUUUAUGAAGACGUUUUAAAUCGUGCAGUUUCAUAUGCUUCGGGCCUUCCCUUAGUUUUAGAAAUAGUGGGUUCCAACUUGUUUGGAAAGAGGAUAGAAGAAUGGAAGGGUACAUUAGAUGGAUAUGAAAAGAUUCCCAAUAAAAGGAUCCACCAGAUACUUAAAGUAAGUUAUGAUGCUUUGGAAGAAGAGCAACAAAGUGUCUUUCUGGACAUUGCUUGUUGCUUCAAAGGUUGUGAAUGGGAAGAUGCCAAAUAUAUACUUCAUUCUCAUUAUGGCCAUUGCAUAACACAUCAUCUAGGAGUAUUGGCUGAAAAAUCUCUCAUAGACCAAUAUUGGGAAUAUGGCCAUUAUGUAAUGUUGCAUGAUUUGAUAGGGGACAUGGGUAAAGAAGUCGUCCGACAAGAAUCAAUUAAAGAGCCUGGAGAAAGAAGUAGGUUAUGCUGCCAGGAUGAUCUAGUUCGUGUUUUAAGAGAAAACACUGGAACUAGUAAAAUUGAAAUGAUAUAUACGAAUCUCCAUUCCAUAGAAUCUGUGAUAGACAAGAAAGGAAAGGCCUUCAAGAAGAUGACAAAACUCAAAACAGUUAUCUUCGAAAAUGGCCAUUUUUCUGGAGGUCUCAAGCAUUUACCAAGAAGUUUGAGUGUAUUGAAAUGGAAAGGAUGUUUAUCGAAGUGUCUGUCAUCUAGUAUUUUAAACAAGAAGUUUCAGGAUAUGAAAGUCUUGAUAUUGGACCGAUGUGAAUACUUAACACAUAUCCCCGAUGUCUCAGGCCUUUCAAAUUUAGAAAAGUUAUCGUUUGAAAAUUGUGAUAAUUUAACUACAAUUCACAAUUCGAUUGGACACCUAAAUAAACUUGAAAGGUUAAGUGCAUAUGCUUGCAAAAAGCUCAAACAUUUUCCACCUUUAGGUUUGGCAUCUCUUAAGGAAUUGAAUCUCAGUGGUUGUGUGAGUCUCGAUAGUUUUCCAGAAUUAUUAUGCAAGAUGAAAAAUAUAGACAAUAUUUUGUUGCAUCAUACUUUCAUUGCAGAACUUCCAUUUUCAUUUCAAAAUCUCAGUGAACUUCAUGAGUUAUCAGUGAAAGCUGGAAUGCUGAGCUUCCCAAAACAUAAUGAUAAGAUGUAUUCAAUAGUGUUCCCAAAUGUGACACAUCUUACUCUCGACGAUUGCGACUUCUCAGAUGAAUGUCUCCCAAUACUUCUCAAGUGGUGUGUUAAUGUGACAUAUCUAGACUUAUCAUUUAACUAUUUCAAAAUUCUUCCUGAGUGCCUUAGUGAAUGUCUCCAUCUUUAUAAAAUUAAUAUGAGUGGCUGCCAUUCUCUUAAGGAAAUUAGAGGGAUUCCACCAAAUCUAAAAGAGCUUUCUGUUGAAUAUUGUGAAUCAUUGAGUUCCUCAAGUAAAAGAAUGUUAAUGAGUCAGAAACUACAUGAGACUGGAUGCACCUAUAUUCAAUUUGAAAAUGGAACAGAGCAGGGGAUACCAGAUUGGUUCGAACACCAAAGCAGGGGACCCACAAUUUCUUUCUGGUUUCGUAAAGAAAUCCCUUCUAUUACUUGUAUUUUUAUGCUUCCGGAAGGCAAUAAUUGGGUGCUUGAGUCAGGAGUCAAUUUUUGUGUGAAUGGAUAUGAAAUUGAGAUAGAUUGUUGUAGGUAUGUGAUCUGGAACCAUACAACUUUGUUUCAUACCUCAAAAUUGAAUGAACUCAUUAAAACACAAUGCGAGAAAGGACUUUUGAAAAAUGAAUGGAUCCAUGUGGAGUUUAAGUUGGAUGAUUGGACUUUGGAACAAUUUAGUGAGGAAGAGAAUAAUAAAAUAUUAAGUGGUGUUCAAAUGGGAAUCCACGUGUGGAAUGAGAAAAGCAACACGGAUGAGGAGAAUGUGGUAUUCACAGAUCCUUAUCUCAAUUAUAGCAAUAAUACUUCAUUAUCACAAUUUGUGCCUCCUCUAAAAAAGCAAAGAUUGGUGGAAGUGGGAGUUUCAGAGACAGAGGAGGAUAUCAAUGCUUCAUUGCAACAACAGGAUUUGACGAAAGAGGAACAAAGAAAGACAUGGGGUACAUACCUUAGUCUAGGUCCAUUAUAAAGUUAACCGUCUUCUUGUUAUUCUCUUACAGGAAACCACAUGUAGUCAUCUGGCUAUUUGCAUUGUCAUGCGACAAGUCUAGAGGUUGCUCACAGCACAUAAUCCGUUUGUUGUUCGAAAGGGCAGUGAGUAAUGAUAUGCUUUGCAGCUCAGUUGGAGUGCUUUGUGAAUUUCCAUCUUAGUACACAAUUUGGAAUCUACGUGUUCAAUAAGAAAGGAAGCAUGAGAGAGGAUGCGGUAUUCACCAAUUCUUAUAGAAGGAGUAAAUCAGAACUUGGAAUUUUCUGAAGCAGAACUUGUGUAGCAGCAACAACACUGUAUGGCUCUUGUGAUUAUUAAGUUAUUCUUGUGUAAAAACACUUCUCUGCCAAAUCACUUUUCAGAGACAGAACUUGUGUAGCAGCAACAACAUAUGUAUGCAUGAUUAAUUUGCUUUUAAUAAUACAAGAGUAUGUAGAUAUUGUGAUACCGACUGAUGUUUCAACGAAACCUCUGUCCAAUGAUCCAUUUCUCAAAUUAAAUAGUGUUUGAUUAUUAACUAUGAUAACAUGACAUUUUGUAUUUCAAUGUAUAUGGCAUUUGAUACCAAGUUUAGC